GUCUUAUCCCAUUUUGACGUUCGGAGCGCUCGUAACACCGGAGAAGUCGAGUGAAAACCAGGUCAAGUUGCAAUGCGACCCUUCCUUACUACAUCAUGACUUUACUCUGAACAAUGACCAGAUCUCAUCAAACGGCAUAAUGGUUCCAAGUCUCGUAAAUCGCUGUGAAGUUUUGUAUGUCACCUGUACCCUUCCGAGUCACAGUGGCGAAUACUAACGCGUCAAAAGAAUCAUUUCAUACGUCGACGAACGGGUCAAGCUGCUGUUUGUGAAGCAUGCUGAACAGUGAACUUGACCUAAAACAGGCUCUCCGUUUCUAGUUUCCAGAGGGCGGUAUAUAACCCGUCGUGUGGACUCUGCAAUAGGCCACAACUGAACAUUGAACGCCAACUCCCUUGUACUUUCACUCUCGAAUUCAACUCCACACCGUAUGGAUACCCUCGUCAAAAGGCUCACCUUCAAAUCCAAGGAUCUCGGCGUAGACGUCGACCUUCUUCUCACUUUCGACGAGCAGCCCGAUGUCAAGGUUUUCAAGGACUAUUACCCAUCGGCUUUUGCGGUCAGGAGAUUUGGGGCUGAAGGCGCCUACCGCUCCGAAGUUAUAUAUCAAUCACCAUUUGCGUUCACUAAGGUUCAUCUUUCUAGUGGUGACAUUCAAAGUGUUGCCGAGGUUGCUAUGCAGCCUGGGCAAACCACCACUUUAACCAAGGAGGGCGACAUAUACCAUUUUUCCGAUCCCAAAAUCGACCCCUCGGUAAAAUCUAUUCAAUGUCUAAACGACGCACCAUCCAAGGAGGAUAUAGGCUUUGGUUUCAUCGGGAGGGAUGGGGACAGGGCAAAGACGGCUCUAGUUUGGCUCGGCGUAGGGCACGAGCAGAAGGUGAACGUAGGAGUGUUUCAGCCAGUUCUAAGGGGGUAUAAUGGCACGGGCUACAAGGAGAACAGCUUGAUCAAGAGUUGA